AUGACAAAAAGACAAAAUCAAGAUAGAAGCCAAGAGGGUAUUUUGGAGAAAACUGUCAAUACAACAAGGAAAGAUUGGAGUACUCGUCUUGAUGAUGCCUUGUGGGCAUAUCGUACAACAUUCAAAACUCCAAUUGGGAUGUCUCCAUACUGCAUUGAUUUUGGAAAGCCAUGUCGAUUAUCCGUUGAGUUGGAGCAUAGAGCCUAUUGGGCAGUCAAGCAAUUCAAUAUGGAUUUAAAUGAAUCGAGAAAGAAGAGGAAGCUUGGCAUUCAAGAGCUUGAGGAGAUCCGCAAUGAAGCAUAUGAAAAUGAAGUUCCUUUUACAAAGAAAAGACGAAAGCAUACCAUGACAAGAUGA